CGCUAUGAGUGAAACGGUUAUCAUUUCGAAAACAAGCCCCAGACAACGGUCCCAACCAAGGGAACCACCGACGGCCGCAGGCGAGAAAAUAGUAGGUAGCAAAAGUAAGGCCACCGCAGCCGCAUCGCUGGUAAUGGUGAAGGAGCUAGUGCACCGGGACAGUAGCCGGCUGGUGAAGGAUCUGAUGGCACUGUUGGCCAUCCGGGAAGCGACCAAGGAAGCACAAUCAAACGAUGGCGAGCUGGCAAAGCGGGAUGAAGUGUGCCCGCACAAAAACCGGCCGGGCGGCGGCGAUACAACGGCGAAACAACGCGACGAAGACCAAGAGCAGCAGCAGCAGCAGCAGCAGCACGGUGGUGGGACCAAGACGGUGGUGGCUGCAGUUGCAUCACUGCUGCAUCACACGGCAACGAAAGAGUUUUCGUCGCUAGCCGGGGAAAUUAUAGCUAUUGCCGACGACGAUACGACGACUAGCAACGACGACGAUGAAUUGAUGCUGCACGCAGACGCAACGGCUGCACCGGAACCACCACUGCACACGAAGGAAAAAUUCACCGAACAGCAGAAGGGAUUGCCGGUGACGGGUAGGAGAGAACGGCCGGUAUGCGAUGCGGCGGAGCACCGGUGGGAUCAACAACGGACAAAAGCUGAUGCGUCGCCGAGCAUGGUCGCCGUGGUUGGUAAUGUGUCGCAACAUCAGCACCCUACCGCGGGAUGUUUUCUGUCUGGGCCGGUUCCGGUUUCACCAUCGCCGGUUGUGUGUAGUCUGGAGCGUUCCGGCACUCCCAUUCCGACGUUUACUGCUGCUGCUGCUGCUGCUGCUGCGUGUUUGGAAACGGACCGUCCGGUUGUGCUAACGCUCGAGCAAAAGCUGGACAAGCUGCUGGACAGUGUGGUGAAGAUAAAGGCAGACAUGCACCGGCGUAUCGAUCGUCUCGGGAAGCGUGUCGAACAGAUACAUCUGGACGUGCAGCUCAACAUAGACAGUACGGAUCGUGCAUUGUUGCGGAACGAUUUACUGCUAAUCGGAAUACCGCACCGCGAGCGGGAAGAUCUACAACAAUGCUUUCGUGCCGUGUGCCGGGCACUUGAGUACAGCGAACAGGACAUUCCGCAGGUAGACAUCCGGCGGCAGCGUGCGCCGGGUGGUGCGGCAAACCGUCGGGUUCUGACACCGCGUCCCGGAGGACAAAAACUUCCCACCGAUUCCACUAACGGAGGACCAGCCGAACCGAUCUCCCCGCCGGCACCGAUCGUAGUGGAGUUUAUGUUUAAAACGUUACGCGAUCAGUUCUACCGUGCGUACCAAGCGAAACGUGUCCUUCGGCUGACGGACAUUGGUUUUGCCAGUGAUCGCCGAUUUUUCGUGAACGAGGUACUGACCAAAUACAAUCAGAAGCUGAUGGCGGAAGCGGUACGACGCAAACGGCUCGGACUGCUCCACUCGGUGUACACCGUCGAUGGGCUCGUGUACGUGCAGCGUAUGGCCGGAGAAAAGGGUACCAAAGUGACCAGCUUUUCCAGCCUGAACUGA